AUGGCAUGUAAGGAAGGGCAUGUGAGAAUUGUGGCGGAGCUGGUGAAGGCAGGGGUUGAUGUCAAUCUACAUGAUGAUGAGGGAUAUACACCAUUGGUAACUACAUGUGAGAGAGGACAUGUGAGUAUAGUGAAGGAGUUGGUGAAGGUAGGGGCUGAUGGCAAUCUACCGGAUGAAAGGGGAUAUACACCUCUUGUAAUUGCAUGUGAGAAAGGACAUGCGGGUAUAAUGGAGGAACUGGUGAAGGCAGGGGCUGAUGUCAAUCUACAGGAUAAAUGGACGAAUACACCACUGAUAGCAGCAUGCAAGGGGGUUGCAUGUGAGAAAGGACAUGUGAGUAUAGUGAAUGAGUUGGAGAAGACAGGGGCUGAUGACAAUCUUCAGGAUAAAAGGGGAUAUACACAUCUUGUAAAUGCUCGUGAGAUAGGACAUGUCAGUAUAGCGGAGGAGCUGGUGACGGCAGGGGUUGAUGUUUAUCAUCAUGAUAAAGGGAGGAAUACAAUAAUAAUAGCUGUAUGUAGCAGAGGAUAUGUGAAUAUAGUGGAAGAGUUGGUGAAGAGAAUGAGGGAUAGAAAGUAUGACUCUGUGUUAAAUAUAAAGGGUGUGUCGGCUCUAGAGAGGAUCAAGCGACUGCUGUGUGAGAACAGCGAGAGUAAAUAUCAGCAGUACAGAGUGUUAGAGUACAAAAGAGUGAUGUGUGAAAUAAAGAAACAUGUCAGAAUACACUCUGUAUAG